GGCCGCCAAACGCGUAGUGAAGUAGUCGUAGCGUAGCUGAGGUACUCGCAGGUGCUUCAUAAACACAGUUUACGGUCGAUUUGAAACCGUCGCGGUCGUCUGUUUCGAAAAUAACAAACUUGCACCAAAUAUGUUGCUCUCGAAGAAUAUUUCGUGACAAAUAUCGAUAAGAUAACAAAUCAGUCCACAGUUUUGUAUGAUACCAAAGACAAUUGUGUAGUACGUCACUGGAAAAAUGCGUGAAAAGUGGGAAAAGUGCAGUACCUCGUCGGAAGUGGCCGAUGGACAACCGGUGCCUCAAAAAAUAAGUUUCAUCUACGAACCCACCUAUAAGAAGCCGAAGCUCCUCCUGAAAUCGCCUUCCGUGCGUGCUCUAAGAAAUUACAACAACUUAUCGAUCGUCGACAAUUCCCAAAAUACUUACGACAACUUAAAUUUUAUCCCCGAGAGUGGGAAUGUCGAUUUCAAUACCUACGAAGAAGCUUACACUUCGACGAUAACAUCGAACGACUCAAAACAGAGCAUUUUUGCGAAUACUUACGAUUUGUACGAUUAUACGACUUUAGGGUCGUCUUCAGUCAAGACAAACGUUUCGAAUAAUGGGUCCGAAUUGGGCUCGGAGAAGAAUGAAAUGGGUUCGACGACAAAAUUGGUCACGUCCAAGAUGGAAAUGUCUUGCCAAUCAUGGUUUUCUCGUCUGGAGACAGUCCUCUGCACCAUUUCCCUAGCUGCUGGAUUUGGAAACUUGUAUCGACUACCUCAAACCGCAUUGUUACAAGGGGGAUUGCCCUUUCUUCUAGCAUAUGUCAUCCUGGUAAUACUUAUAGGACUUCCUUUACUCUUUCUGGAAUUAGGGAUAGGGCAACUGGCACAGGAAGGGUUUAUCAAGUCGUGGAGGGCUGUACCCUUCUUCAGAGGCAUAGGAUACGUAAAAUUGAUAGCGGGAUGUUUACUCAGCAUUUAUUAUUCUUUGUACAUGGGACUGUCACUUUAUUACAUAAUCUGGAUUUCAGCAACGUCGGUUCCGUUCAAACAAUGCGCAAAUGUUAAAAUGAAAAAGACUGGAUACUCUGCGGAUGGACAGGACGGACAACAGUGUUUGAGAAAAACAUUUUUAGAAUCUCCUUUCGAUGAUCUAUACUGGUAUGGGAUUUUUGCAGGCAUUUUGUUCGUAAUUUGGAUCAUAGUCAUAGUUUUAUCGAUUCGAAGAACUAAAAGUUUCAUAAGAUCUAUAUCACUCCUUCUCUUUCCCAUCUUGGGUUGUAUAAUUGCUCUUACGGUCAAAGCAGUUUUUACAGAGGACCAUUUUCAAAGUUUGGAAAAAUUGGGACAAAAUAUCGAUUGGUCCAUUCUACAAAACUCUUAUAUUUGGUAUUACGCCGCCCUCCAGGUAUUUUUCUCCACCAACGUGGGUUUCGGUACUUUUGUCACAAACGCCGGAAUUAUUUACAACAAAGUCAAUCCCCUAUGGAUUGCUCUCGGUUUCAUCACCGUUAAUCUCGUUUUUGGGGUCGGUUCUGUGAUAAUUUGCUACAUUUUUGCCGGCGAGUUGGACACAAUCCGAAAUCCGGGAGACGUCUCCGAGCUUCACCUUCUUGCUCUUAUGUACACCAUAACAGUCAAGAGUGAAGAGAGAAACGAGGCCAAAAUUUGGGCCAUUGUUGCCUAUGCGGCAAUCCUAUUGGCUGGUUUUAUAAGCAUGGCAACCAUCACAUAUACUUUGCUCAAGGCAAUCACAGUUGAAAACCGAAGACGGCUCAAAUGGUGGCAAACCAGCAUUGUUUUGAGUUUCGUGGGCUUGGUUCUGGGCUGUGGAAUCCUCCUGGAGCCCGAUUUCCGAAUUGUGAGACUCUUGGACCAUUAUUUGGUCGGGAAUUUUAUCCUGAUUUCGGUUAUCAUCGAAGUGUUUGCAUUAAUCGCAUUCUAUGGUACCGAAAGGAUAAAAUCUGAUUUUGAGUUCAUGUUAGGCCACAUUUUGUCAAAUAUUUGGCUGCUUCUGUGGUGGUUACUCCCUUUGUUGCUUACCGGAAUCUUUGCAUGGGCUUUAAUCACUAUGCCAUCUGACGAAUUCGUCGACGACCCAGAAUGGUUGUAUGGUACAGGAUGGGCUAUUGUUCUCACCGCUGCCAUAUUUAUUUUAGUAAUCGGAAUUUACACAGUCACCAAAAUGGACGGUUACACUAUCAUUGAUAAAUUCAAAGCUUCGUUCAAACCGUCGAACAAAUGGGGUCCUAAAGACCCCAUUUUGCGCCACACGUGGAUGCAGUGGAACAGUAAGGCAGAGCAAGGCGAGAGGGACUUUACUUUGAAACGGCGAGGCACCGGGGGAUACACCCGUUCUGUGAAGAGAAACGCGAAAAAAGCGAAUCAAAAUCGAAUGAGUAAUUCGAGUACGGAGUAUGUGGAGCCGUACUAUGUGCAAAAUGAGCAAAAUCCAACGCAAAAUGGGGUUAAACCGUUACGGGUGACUUCGAUUGUUGAUUCCUUAGAUCCUCCUAGUCCGACUAUAACUGUGAAUAUGCGAAAUACGUAUAGUAACGGGUUUAAGACGAAUAUUAAUCCGUUAUCAAGGACUAGUACUCACGAAAUUCACGAUAGUUCCACUUCGGAAGGGUAUGGUACUUUUAGGAAGGGGCCCUAUCUUAUUCCAGAGUCAAAUAUAACACAUGUUUGUCAUAGGAGGUUUAGCCAAAGCGAAGAUGCCACAGAACUGUAAUAAUUUAUCUGAAGUUUUUGUAUAUAGUUCUAGAUAUUACGUACUCAUUGUUAUUUAUUUUAUUACAGUUUUUUUAAUAAAAUGUUAUAUUGUG